UUAAAAAGAUGGAAAAGCUCAUAAAAAUAUUAGAUUGGCCCAGUCUGGAGCCAAAGACCUGCCAUCAAUGCACUGAGAAUUAGUGGUAAAUAUAAUGAAAAUAAUAUUUACAGCCAUACUCCCAUCUAGUCUGCCUGAGUUUGAGCUGUGCUGCAACAGAAUGAUGGGAAACACUUACUAUAUUUGCAGUGAAACGCCAUCGUCACGUAUUGAAUCAAACUACGUAAUUAUAAAUUGACAAAUUAUUUUUACACUUCCUUGAACACAUUUUAAAAACCAUGCAUCAUUUUGCUUGCACUACAAACUCUUUCUCUACUUUGUGCAGGGUUGACAUAGGUUUGUUUUUGUUACGUGACAAAAGGCAAAAGUGUUAAAAAACUACAUUUAUUUGCAGGAAACUGAAUCUAAUGUGAAACUACUAAGUCAAAACAAUUGUAAAGCAGUCCAGUUAUUCAACCCAACUACAUUUUAAAUAUUUUAAUUGACAUUUGCUAUCGUCAAAUUAUCGAAAAUAAUGUUCAGCUAGAAUUUUAACACUUGAACAUCACCUUUUAAUUGAACUGUUGGCGUAUGCGCCUUUUUUUUGUUUUACCCUCAGCGCAUGCCGUACUGAGCAAACAAUCAUGGCGGUUGUCAUCUGACUGAAGUUUAUAUGGGACCAACUUUUUCAACUACUAUGCUUCUCGCACUUCUCUUGGCUUAUUUCUCGGAGUUGUAUCCGCUAAGCUCUUCUGACUUUACUGGACAUCAGAUGAAAUGAAACAUUAAGUUAGAAAUGUAAACUCGUGAGCCUGACGGCUUUGCUGCUGGUGUUUUACCUCAACAAGUCCUCCAGCUAACCUGGAGCCUGUGCUCUCGCGGGAUUUUAACAAAGUUUAAAUCGUGAAAUUUACGGGGUUUUUUACGUUAAAGUCGGGGGGAAAUUAUAUUAAAAUGCUUCGUUUUCUUCGGUACUGUUUAAGCCAUUGCCUCCAAGCAGCCAUGACCCGGCUGGAGGAGGUCAACGGGGAGGUGAGCAUGUGGUCGUCGGUCCGGUGGUUCGGGUACCUGUCCGGUCUGAACCUGCUCCUGGGCCUGAGUUUGGGUCUCUACACGCGCUGGGUCGGAACAGCGGAGUUCAUCGUUCUUGUAAUACUUAUCCUGGCGCUGCUGGUCCUCGUAGCAGCCUGCGUGCUGUACUACUUCUUCGACAUGGAGCGGCUCAGCCUGAGUCUCCUCCACCUGUGGUUCGGCUUCCUGUUGGGUCUCCUGAGCUUCCUCAACCCGCCCGGCCUGGAGGCCGACGUCAAGGAGCGCGCGGCCAACUACCUGCUGCUGUCCAGCGUGGCUCUGAGGACGUUGUGGUCGCUGCUGGAGCGGCUGCUGGGCUGCACCCGGUACCGACCCGCCUUCAUCACCUCCGCGGAGCGCCUGGAGCUGGCCGGCUUCGCGGCAGCCAGCACGGCGCUCCUCAUCGGGGAGUCCCUGAGCGUCAUGGUGCUGGUCGUGGCUCUCGGUGCGGUCAUGAUCACCCUGCGGACCAAGGCUCUCCUGGCCUUCCCCAACUUCGCCUGCUUCACGUGCGUCACCGGGAGUUUCUUCCUGGAGUGCCUGAGCAUCGACGCCAACCCGUUCGCUCUCGCCUGCUUCUUCAGCCAGCUCAUCUGCGACCCUCUGCUGGACUCCUACUUCAGCGGGCUUUCCGUCAUCGAGCGCUGGCGGCCCAUCCUGGUGUCCAGCGGCCUGAAGCGCCGCCUGACCCUCCUGCCUCUGCUGGCGAUCGAGGUGGCCUUCGUCGCCGUAGCGGCUCAGAAGUUCAGGGACUCGGACCAGUGGUACCUGGUGAUCCCGGGCUUUGUGGUGUGCGUGUUCUUCUGGGCCAUCUGCCACAUGGUGUUGGUGAUCACUGUGUGGGGCUUUCACAACAAGCUCAGCGACUGCCAGAGACUGUGUUGGACGCAGGGCCCAGAGGACGCUAGCCUGGAGAAGAUCAUGGCCUCGAAGGGCAUGAGGCACUUCUGCCUCAUUUCCGCACACCUGGUGUUCUUCGCUCUGGUGUCCACUGUUGCUGUGGCUGUUUUUAGCUGGCAGGAGUCCAGCGGUAUCUUCAUGAGUACGUUUCUGCUCAUCCUGCCCCUGGAGUGUCUGCUCCACGGACUCUUCUACGAGCUCGGGAACAGUCUGGGUGGGACCUGCGUGGGCUAUGCUGUGGUCAUCCCCACCAACUUCUGCAGUCCUGACGGCCAGCCCCUGCUGCUGCCGCCAGACCAGGUGCAGGAGCUGAACAAGCGCUCCACCGGCAUGCUGAGCAGCGUGCAGCGUUUCUUCGCCUGCCACCUGAUCGAAAACUACGGUUGCGACUACUCCACGAGCGGCAUCACCCUCGAGACCCUGCAGGCGAAGAUCAAGUCUUUCUUGGAGCUCCGCACAACAGACGGGCCUCGCCACGACACAUACGUGUUCUUCUACAGCGGCCACACGCACCGCAGCGGAGAGUGGGCCCUGGCAGGUGGAGACGUCCUCCGCCUGGAUCAGCUCUUGGAGUGGUGGAGGGAGAAGAACGGAGGGUUCUGCUCCCGCCUCAUCGUCGUGCUGGACUGCGACCACUCGCUGCCCUGGGUGAAAGAAGUCCGGCGCGUGGAGGGGCUGCACGUGGCCGUGCAGGGCGCGUCGCUCAAAUGGGCCGGCGACGCGGAGCGGCGGGAGGCCCCGCAGCUCGGGGACUUCACCACUCAGUGGGUGGAUUACAACUGCAACCCCAACAGCGGGGUCCGCUGGUCCGAAAGGGGCCGGACCGUCUCGGCCGCCUACGGCGUCUCCAGGCACUGGAGCGACUACACACUGCACCUGCCAACAGGAAGCGACGUCACCAACCACUGGAGCAUGUACUUCCCCCAGGUGACCUACCCGGUGGUGCAGCUGGCGGUGUGGUGCAGCGGCCUCAACUUGCUGGGGGUCUGCAGCUUCUGCCUGCGGUACCUGAGGAGAAUCAAGCUGAACUGGUUCCCACCAGCUGUACUGGACACCCAGCAGGGCUUCAAACUGGUCACAUCAUAGGGACCAAUCAGAAGCUGCUGUUAUUUAUCUCACUAAUGUGGCAGCUACUAGUUACCAAACCAGCACCCUGUUAGUUACUGAGAAAUGAAUGUUAGCCAUUAGGAUUUUUUUUAUUCUUUUAAAUGUCAGAUUUUUAUAUAUAUAUAUAUAUAUAUUUUUUUUGGAACAAAAGGUCGGUCAGUGAGAUUGAACUCGAUGCUCCCAGAUGAGGCUGAGCUCACCGUUUUGCACAUUUUCUCCUGUUAAAUCCGCCUUGGAUUGUUUUGCUUCACAUGUUGCCUUUUACCCAAAAAAUGCAAGACCUGCUCUGCUAUUUUUUAAUCUUGUACCAAAGUGACUCGGAUACGUGCGUUUUUAACCGAAUGCUACGCUCAAAGAAAUGACUCUUAUUCUUUCUGAUGUUUUUUUUUUCCAUACCUAUAGCUUCUGAAAUGCUCAGGUUGCUGCUUUGUGUCGCUAAGAAUGUUUUCUACUAUUUUUAAGAGGAAUUUUCUAAACCCACUCCAGCUUCUUCAGGUAGCACUAUAAGGAGAGAUGCAGUACUUCUAAUAAACCAAAGGAAGAUGUAAUAUUCUUUCUGGAUAAUUAGUUUAUUAGGCUAUGCAAGUUUUUUUUAAUUUUUUUUUUAGAAUCAGCUAAAUGUUUGAAAGUGAUUAAUGGUGAAAGAUCGAUUACACUAUGCAAUAAAAUAAGUGGAAUUUAACUGCUUUAAAAUGAUUCUUUCUUGCAAAAGAAGUCCCAUCCUUUAACGUUUUUCAGAUUUGAAUUACGUUUCAACUGUAAACGUCAAUGGAUUUUAUUUAAUAGAGCAUAUCAGCUGUUAAAAUGCUAAAAGAAGUGUUAAAUGUUAAAGUGGUGGAAGGAUGUUAAUCCUAAUCAUUUUAUUAUACAGUACCGAUUAAAAACUAAAGCAGAUAUAUAAAUAAAGUAAAAAUGAAUUGGGCCGAGCACCAAACCUUGUGGUACUCCAUAAGUAAUUGAUGUGCUGAUGUCACACACACAUGUGGCUACUGAUGUAACUGUGUGCUAAACAAUGCAAUGUCGCUCAUUGCCUUGAACACCCAAUUUCCAAGAUAAAACCUGGUGGCACCAUGGUGCUGUGGGACAUGUGCAUGCCACACCUUUCAGAUCUUUGCAAAAAUUAAAACAUUUUUUUACCUUUAA